GCUAGGUGGCGCUGUAACCGUUCGGUACGAAUAUAACGGUGUCCUAUCGAAAUUCGACAAAUUUAAUUUUAAAUAGGUGCUAAACGAUAUAAUUAGAUUUACCAUAGUGAGUUUAUUACGUGAUAAUUAAAUAGUGACGUUAUCCAUUAGAAAAAACACAGUGUAAACAGUGCUAAAGACUAACCAACCCACCGGCGAAACAUAACCUCACCAUAUUUGCGUUGUUAACUUCUUUCGCCCCGAUACGACGAUGGAAUGCUCAAAGUGCAGCUUAGUUAUAAAAACAGAGGAGCUAUUAAAAUGUUCAGCAUGUCAAUAUUGCUAUCAUUACUACUGUGUGGGCAUAUCCGACGUAGACUUCAAGAAAAUACUACCUAUGAAUAAGCCCAAAUGGAAGUGCGGAUCAUGUAAACAACCGGCAAAAAAACCAGCUAGCCCCGUCGUUAUCAACAAGCCACUGGCUGAUACAAACCCCGAGCUAAACCUGCCGUCUACAUCUAUAGUUAAUAUUGACACAGACGCUCUCAUGAAAUAUUUCGACGGUAAGUUUGCCAUUCUAAACGCUAACCUAACGGCACUGCGGGCUGACUUUGAUAGCAAAUUAUCGGAGCUUACCUUAACAGUUAACUCGUGGGACGGCCGUAUCAAGACUCUCGAGUCCAAUGUGGACUCCUUCUCCAACGAGAUACACGGACUGCGGGCCGAGAACGAACAACUCCACAGUGAGGUCUCCACACUACAAAAACACUGCGACGACGCGGAGCAAAAGUCAAGGCUAUGCAAUAUCGAACUACAAAACGUACCGGAGAAAAAAAGUGAAAACCUAAUCCACAUUGCCGUUGCCCUAGGUAAAGUUUUGGGCACAACACUAACACAUAAUCACAUCAAAGAUGUCCACCGUGUCCCCCACAAUAAAGAAAUGGACCGGCCUAAGAAUAUUAUAAUUCAAUUAACCACACGCCGCCUGCGUGACGACCUUGUGGCCGCUGCACGGGUACGCCGUGGACUGACGGCCGGCCAGCUGUUCGAGGCCGCCGGCUGCAGCAGCGAUGCCUCGUCAGCAGCUGAGACGGUGGCGGCGACUUCUCCCAUAUACAUUAACGAACAUUUAACCUUAAAAAACAAAAUCCUAUACGCUAAGGCCCGCGAGAUAAGGAAAAACAAAAACUACAGGUGGAUUUGGGUUAAAAAUGCUACAAUACUUAUGCGUAAGACCGAUGAUUCUCGUAUACUGGCAAUUAAAACCGAAUCAGACCUUGAUCGUUUGUGACACGUCUAUUUACAUCCACCUGUGUCUGUUGUUUUGCCCAAAAGCCUCCGAAUGAAUGUUAGUUGUGAUAGAUUUAAGUUAAGAAUAAAUACUACCACACUGGCCAUCGCCAAAUUCUGUA